GAUAUUACAUCACAGAACACUGACGCUGUCAGUGGAAGGACUUGCACAGGAAGUGUGCAAGAAGGCGUCGCCGUCAGCGGGCACGCCUUUCCACACCUCCUGGCAAGAAGGAGCCCAACGGAAGACAUAAAAGUCAGUUACCUGUGGCCAUGGGAAAAGUAAACAAGCAGCGGCGGGUAUCGCUUUACAGACAUGCCAUGGAUAACGAUUUCCCUCCUCGUAGCUCUCCUUGUGCUUAUUCUCAUCAACAGACGCCGUACAAGGAGAAAAAAUGAGCCGCCUUUGGACAAAGGAGUGAUUCCAUGGCUGGGCCACGCUUUGGCGUUCCGUAAAAACGCAGCAACCUUUUUGUUCAAAAUGAAAGAGAAACAUGGAGAUGUUUUUACCGUGUGUCUCGCCGGCCAUUACGUGACGGUCCUGUUGGAUCCCAACUCUUUGGAUUCGGUACUGAAUGACAACGUCCACCUGGACUUCCGGCGCCACAGGCAGCAGCUGAUGAUGAGGGUGUUCGGUCUGCAGCUUCCCGGCGUGGAGUCCACCACCGAGAGGACCUUCAUGAAACGACACUUUCAAGGGGCGGGCCUGUCCCAGCUGGGUCGCUCCAUGAACGCUCACCUUCGGGAGCUGAUCUUGCAUCAUCAGUGCAGCCAAUCAGAGUGGAGGCAAGAUGGCCUCUUCAACCUUUGUUACAGCCUCCUGUUCAGAGCCGGCUACCUCACACUCUUUGAGAGCAGGGAGGACGUCGUGGACGUCUACAGAGAGUUCCGCAAGUUUGACCAUCUUCUCUCCAAAAUGGCUCGCUGUUCGCUCAAAGGAGGGGAGAGCGAGACGGCCCUGUCGUCACGGCGGCGACUUUGGGAGCUGCUGUCUCGGAAGCAGCACGACGGGCCACCCGAGCGGAGAUCCUGGCAGGGCAGCUACCAGCACUUCCUCCGGGAGGAGGGGGUGGAUGACGAGACGCGGAGGAGAGCUCUGCUGAUGCAGCUGUGGGCCACACAGUGUAACGGCGGACCAGCUGCCUUUUGGCUCCUCGGCUUCCUGCUCACUCACCCUCAGGCCAUGGAGGCGCUUCAAUCAGAGUUGAGAGGUCUGACCCGGGAGGACGGCUCCCCCCGGCAUCCCUCCGCAAUGGAGACGCACAGCACGCCAGUGUUCGACAGCGUUCUGAAGGAAACCCUGCGCCUCACCGCCGCUGCCAUGAUCACCAGAGAGGUCAUGCAUGACAAAAUUCUACACAUGUCCAAUGGGCGGGAAUACCACCUUAGACGCGGGGACAAAGUGUGUCUUUUCCCCUUCCUGAGCCCACAGAUGGACCCGGAGAUACACCAAGAACCACAGAUAUUUAAGUAUGACCGCUUCCUAAAUGAAGACUUGACGGCCAAGGAUCAUUUCUACAAGGACGGCAGAAGGCUGAAGUACGUCACCAUGCCCUGGGGCGCUGGCAGCAACGCGUGCGUGGGGAAAGACUUUGCCGUCACAGCCAUUAAAAACUUUGUGCUCCUGAUGCUCACUCAUGUGGACCUGCAAGUGUGCGACCCCAAAGCACAAAUGCCUCCAGUCGAUUCCACCCGCUACGGUUUCGGGAUCCUCCAGCCGGAAGGGGAUCUACUGGUCCGCUACAAACUGAAGAGGACAAUUACAACUAUUUAAUUCAACAACAGAUAUUUAACUUUUAUACAUUUAUACAGUAUAUAUAUAUAGUGUACAUUUAUUUAUUCUAUCAUUAUUCAUGUAUGCAAAUGUUUUGUGUCGAUAUCACAUGGCUUAAUUUCAACAACAUACCUUGCCAAAU